AUGUCCACUUCCACCACUGCUACUUUAAAGCGCCCAGUCUUGGAAAUGGCCAGCACGCUCGCUCCACAAGCUCACGACAUGGACAUUACUGAAGAUGAACUAUCUGACUGGGUGAUCUUGUCGCUCCCCCAGAUAGCCCUCGAUUCAACAGGUGCUGUUAUGAGCCUUGCUGCAAGUCUGUCAAUCUUUGCGAAUGCGAUCGAGCGCUUGGUAUGGGCAGCGUAA